CUCCCCUCUCUAUGAUUUCUCCGUCUCAAUGGUACGCUUAGGGCUGCCUCACGUCCCAUAAGGCCUCGGGUCGGAAGCUCCAGCCUCUCUUCCGGUUCUCCACCAUGGCGCAAGAUCAAGGUGAAAAGGAAAACCCCAUGCGGGAACUGCGCAUUCGAAAGCUCUGCCUCAACAUCUGUGUUGGGGAGAGUGGGGACCGGCUGACUCGGGCAGCCAAAGUAUUGGAGCAGCUCACAGGCCAAACCCCAGUGUUCUCCAAAGCUCGCUAUACUGUCCGGUCUUUUGGAAUCAGGAGAAAUGAGAAGAUCGCGGUUCACUGUACAGUCCGUGGGGCCAAAGCUGAAGAGAUUCUGGAGAAGGGACUGAAGGUGCGAGAAUAUGAGUUAAGGAAAAAUAACUUCUCAGAUACUGGCAACUUCGGCUUUGGCAUCCAAGAGCAUAUCGAUCUGGGGAUUAAAUAUGACCCAAGCAUCGGCAUCUAUGGCUUGGACUUCUAUGUGGUGCUGGGCAGGCCCGGGUUCAGCAUUGCAGACAAGAAGCGUAGGACAGGCUGCAUUGGGGCCAAACACAGAAUUGGCAAGGAGGAAGCCAUGCGCUGGUUCCAGCAGAAGUACGAUGGCAUCAUCCUUCCUGGCAAAUAAAGUCCUGUUUUCUAUUAAAAGGUCAAUAAAAUGAUCACUGAAGUGUA